AUGUCAGGUCAGCCAACAAUCACUUUAUAUACAGCAGUGUCACCCAACGGUCACAAAAUAUCGAUUACAUUGGAGGAACUAGGUCUUCCGUACGAGGUGAGGCACAUCGACCUACCAAAGCUGGAACACAAAGAGCCAUGGUUCUUGAAAAUCAAUCCGAAUGGCCGCAUACCGGCUCUGACAGAUGUGCUAUCCGACGGAACUCCAAUAAGCCUUUUCGAGUCGGGGAAUAUCAUGCAGUAUCUCGUGGAUCGAUAUGACAUUGAGCAUAAGGUUUCCUACCCACGCGGGACAAAGGAGUAUUAUCAGAUGAACAGCUGGCUACUUUUUCAAUGCGCCGGAGUCGGCCCAAUCCAGGGUCAGCUUCACUGGUUCCGGGUUUAUGCUGAUAAAAGUCAGAAUGUGGAAUACGCGACAGCACGCUUCAGCAAUGAGGCGAAAAGGCUUUACAAAACCAUAAAUAAGCACUUGGAGGAUGUUGGGACCGAUUUUCUCGUCGGAAAUAAAUGCACCAUCGCAGACAUCGCCAUUUCCACCUGGGCCAGGGCGAUGCCUAUGGGCGCUUUAGACAUUGCUACGUGGCCCCAUCUCGAACAGUGGCAAGCGCGUGUACAAUCACGUUCAGCCGUGAUUAAAGGUACGGAUAUUCCCUCGAAGGUCCUAGAUGCCAAGGCUGUUAUGGAGGACAAGGAAACUCUUAAGAAAUACACAGCACUCAAUGCAGGCUGGGCUACUCGUGUCGAGAAGGAAUAA